UCUGGACUGCUGAGAGCCCGGAUGAAGGUCCGCUGAGGUUGUGUAGAGAUCUGCAUUUGCGGAGCUAACCAUCCUUCCCAUCCCCCACAGGCGGGACCUGGGAGGAUCAGGUAGACCUAGAGUGCUUUGACACCGAGGCCUUCUUUGAGGUUCUGCAUCAGCAGUCCCUGGCAAUAACAGCCAAACUCAGCCAAACCACGGAGGAGCACAAAGUCCUUUAUCUUAAACUUCUGAAUGAAGCAGAUUCCCUCCGGCAGCUGUGGGGUGCUCAGCGCCGCACCUCACCCUUCACUAACCAGCUUCUGGGGAGCACCCAGAGAGAGCAACAAGAGGCUGCUGAGGCAGUUGCCCUGGCUGCGGAGGAAGAGUCUCGGCAGAGGCAAAGCCUGGCAGGCGGGUAUGCAACAAGCCUUGCUCACCAGCUGGAGCUCCUUCACCAAGACCUCUGCGCCAGACAGGACCAGUGGGCCUCUUUCUGCUCAGCGUUGAUGGAAACUCAGUGGCUGCUGAAGGCAUCUGCAAAUUCUAGCCCAGGAAAGUUCCCUCGGCCUGGGCAAAGCCCUGAAGGUCUGCAGUAUCCUGUGUCUCUGCAGGAUGACUUCACGGCUGGACACCCUGCUGGGCCACUUGUCCCAGGCCAUGCUGCAAGAAGGCCACCGCUUGAAGGCCUGGGGCUUCCUGGGUACUGGCACAGGGGCGGAGUUGCUACAGUCAGCCUCAGCGGAUCCUCAAGGGGGUGCAGAUGACAUCAUUGUGAAUCCUGUCACCAAGUUGAUGGUUCCUGGACCCAACUGUAUGAUGCUCCCAACCAGUGGCCACAUAGGGCCCAUACCCCCUGGCUACUUUAUCCACCCCGACACUGGGCGGGUGCUGCCUGAGGCUGGGCACCUGGGAUUUGAUCUGCUGAACACAGCCCUGAUACCUACUACUGACUCUAAUGCCAGUGGCGUCCGGACAGUGGCCGCUGCCAUUCUCCCCUAUGUGCCCUACCCAACGAGCCCCGCCACAGGUUACCCUCCAGCCACUCGCCUACCCAUUCUACAGCCAAGAAGAACGUCACAGCUGGGGGCUCUCAUGUCCGACCCCAUCACAGGCAUUGAGGUGCCUGUGCUCGCCGUGACUCUGCACCCACAGACGAGGCAGUGGCUCACUCUCGGAGGGACAUACCGCAAUCCUCUCACCAAGACACUGGCCCCUUUGGAGUUGGGGGGCCCGAUGAAAGACCCAGUCACCGGAGACAUCGUGCCAAUCCUAGGCGUUGGGCUGGAUGAAGACACAGGGCAGGUGCUCGCAGUGGGAGGGCUGCGAGAUGCCACAGGGAGCCUCUUGCUGCCCGGUGACAGCUUUGUGGAGCCACUGAGUGGGAAGACCGUCCAGCUCCUGGGAGCCUCCCAACAGGCAGGCCAAAUAUUACCCUACACGGGAGGGUCACAGGCCCUGCUGGAUGCCAACGUCUUGGUGGCCCAGAGGCAAGUGAUCAAGGUACUCCAGCAGUACCAGGAGAUUCCAGGGUCCGGGGCACAAGGAUUUCUGGAGUCUUCCAUAAGGGAUAUGAGACAAGCACUGGCUUUGAGUCUGCACCACAUUCUCCAGCAGGCUCAGAGACUGGAGAGACAGUUGCAGGCAGCACGCGACAUUGAAGCCACUGGCGGCUGUAUAGGAGUAAUGUGCUACCCUGGGACAGAGCUCUGGGUCCCAGCCCUGUAUGGAAUGGAGAUCCCAGACCCUGAAGGCUCCGGGCUCAUGGUGCCCAUCCUGGGCAUGCAGCAAGAUGGGGAUUCUUGUAAUACCAUGCCCCUGGCGGGGACAAUGGAAGAUGCUGCUGGUGAAGGUCUUGUCCCAAUCUCCAUCGGAGCUCAGGCCAUAGAUCCCUUAACUGGCAAGCGUGGUCCCGUCAUUGGUGCUCAAGUGGACCCUUCUACUAGAGUGGUGGUGCCUGUGGUACAGGUGUUGGAGGCCUUGCCACGUGGAGUGAGGAACCCCAAUCCGCAGAUCCCCUUGGAGCAGGAGCUAAGGGCCCGUCAGCAGUACUGGCAGCUGCAGGAGCAGGAGGAACAGCGGCUGACAGAACACUUGUGGCACCUGAGCCAGGAGCUGCACUUCCACCCAGGCCAUGAGGCCAGGCUGCAGCUGAGGACGGCUGAGGAGGCCUGUGCAUCCCUGGAGGCCUGCUGCCUGCAGGAGACAGAACGGCGAGCUAGAGCCCUGAGCAUGCUCAGCAGCCCAGAAUCGUGCUUGCUUUCUCAAGCAGACAAGAAGGAGUGGGAGGUGGAGGCACAAGUGCUGCUGGGCAUGCGGAAGGUCCUGCAGAGUUUAGAGCAGGCAUCUGAGAAGCUCAGGAAAGUGUCUGUCAGGCUGCAGAGUCAGGAGGAGGAGGCGUGCCGACAGCAGAGUGAGGAUCAGAGCCCACGGGUCUGGAAUCGUCACAGGAAGGUAGUGCAGCAUCUCUCAGAUGAGUUUCGGGAGGUGGUAAGGGACAGACAGAACUUCCUGGGUAGGGCUCUUGGAAAACUGCAGUACCACCGGGAGCUCAGCCGCCUGCAGCUCUUGCAUAUCCAGAUCACUACCUCAGGAACUCCUGUGUGUUUGGAGAAUUACCCUGGAGGCAGAUUCUAUGGAACGGUCACGACUUGUCUUGGGAACCAGGCUGCUCUCUGCCCUGUGUUGAUCCCAUUCCUGAGAGUCAUCACGGCCAUGCUCUCAGAGGACCAAGGUCAGCUUCCAGGGCUAGAAGAGCCGAGGCCAGGAGCAAAUGCAGACAAAGUUGACAACAUCUGGACCGCACCAUUAUUCUCCAUCAUGAAGAAAAUAGAUACCUGGUCCUCAGACCCCAGGGGAAUAGCUGAACUACAAAGACAAAUACAUCACAGACAAGACCCAAAAAACGCUUUGCAGAAGACUCGGACGAUGCAGGGACAGCCGGUAACUGUGCAAGUCAUGCACCUUUCUGCCUGGGAGUUCGUGGUUUACCAGUACGGUCUCUCCAUCCUGCACCUCCUCAUCCCCCAGAUGCAGGCUCCGGUAACCACCCUACAGAUUGCUUCUCAUCUGCCUGCCGUGGAAGUCUCAGGAAAUGCCUUCAAGGGUUCCUUCUUCUAUCAGAGCACUGAGAAAACCUUGUUUGUUCGGAGAGAGUGUUUGGCGUCUGUGGGAAGUUUCAUUCUCUUGUUGAUCCACUGCCUGGCCCACAUCACCACUGGGGACUUCAACCAGGAUUCCAACCCCAGAUUUCUGGGGUUGUUUUAUGAGGGGCUGAAAGCCUACUUCAAGGAGGCAUUCUCUACUACACUGCAGAUGUCAGCAGUUUCCUGGGACAAUAAGUUUGACCAAAGCCUAAGUGCCGUGCUGCUGAAAGAGCAGCCCACCUCUGGGAAAGAAAGAGAUCUCCUCUCUAAACUCAUUGAGAGGAAGCGUGAGCCUUGUUUGUCAAGGCAGUCAUCAGAAGAGUAUAUCCAAAAAAACAAAGAUCGUCUCCUUUUCAUUAAUAUGGAACAUUUCCUAAAGAGCAUCCUUUCUGCCGAGCAACAAACUUAGAACAUCAAGAGCUGGACUCGGGGACAGAGAGACCUAGAAAGGAAAGUGGUGAUCACAUUUUAGCCAGCGUGGGAAAAAAAAGUCAAUACAACAUCUGAUAAAAUGUAAAAAAGUUAUUUGAAAAUAUCUGUACUAUUAAUGCAUAAACCAUACAAAUAUAUAUUAUAGUAUCUGCAUGGGAGAACGAACUUGCUGUUGUUUUCAUCGUAACUGAAUUGCAGCUGGCGUUUCAUUUUUUGCUCAAUAUACUGAUUGACCUCUUCCUGGAAUAGUAAAAUCUAUAUCACUGAAUAACAACAUAAAGUAGAUGGAUAUAGGUGGCCACAGUAUUUGAGGACUUGGAUCAAAGUACUUAAGAGGUAGUAGACUAUGUGACAGACAAAAUUCUCAGAAGGGACUGGCUAAAACAAUCAGUAAGACAUCAUCUGAAACCGAAGUUCCCAGGGAGAAUUAAAGAUCAGGAGAGAUCCACCAGUGCAUGAACUUACAGCAAGGAAACCCUGAAAUACAAACUCCAAACUUAAAACCUGCUGAAAUUACAGAUCCAGCGGCUGCAAUUCAAGCCUUUUCUCACACAGAUAAUUCUCGUUAUUGCACUUCAAGAUGAAUAGCAGAAAUGAUUUCUUUUAAUGUAGCAACUGUUAAUGAGCAUCCUCUGUAAUGGAAGGAAGGCAGGCUGGUAAGAGAUUAAAACUUUAUGCAAUAGGACUGGAGCUGUAGCCAAGUAACAGGGAGUCCUAGGUUCAAUCCCCAGCACAUCAUUCACAAAAACAAAAAACAAAACCCUGUACACAGACUUCAUCUGGGUAACUAGUGAAUAGUAAGUAAUCAGUAAGUUCAUUGGUUUUGCUCA